AGCCUUAAGGUUGGCUCAAGUUUUAGCAUCCCAGCCCUUCUGAGACGAUUGUGAACAAGUGGCAGACUGCAAGGGACGCUUUGAGUGGAACAAGCUCUGACUUCAAGUCACAAGGCCGUCGCGCGUUUUGGGUUUCGGGCGCCAUGAGAUGCCGAGCGGAAUGAGCCGAGGCUUUGCCUCGAUGGCGAGAGCCGCAUGAGAACCGGCCGGAGAUUGGCGCCGAGCCUGCGCUUGAUUGGUGGACCGUAUGUUCCGGCGAGAAGACAAACGACCGGCACUUUACCAGCACACCUGGUUUAUGAGCCAGGACACUUGCCGGAUGCUGCUACGCUGCUUUUGGUGGCUCAAAGUGCGGCAUCCAGUGGCUUUAAGGACCCCGACUUUUGGAGAGCAUGCAGUGUGCAGGCGCAGCGGAUGCUUUGUCACGGCACAGGCACAGAUCUGCGACAGCUAGCUCGCUACACCGAAGCAGCAGCAUCUGUUCACUAUCGCGACGUCGAGCUGAUGUAUAAUCUUGGCGAUGCAGCGGCCGCAGCUGCACAAGACAGACAUUUGGACUCCGAUACCAUUAUGCUUGUGCUCCGUGCGCACGCGUUGCUUGCCUUCCAAAAUGACCGGGUCGUGCAGAAGAUGGAAACUUCACUUUUCGAGCUCUUGCAGGAGUCUAGAGCAACGGCAGGGUGUUUAUCCAACUCUCUCCUGUCACUGUCGGAGCUGCAUGCUGCAGCUUGUCUUCCUGCAAGCGAGACUUCCCGACAAGAACUCAUUGAUGGAGCAGCGCGAGUGACGCUGGAGCACAUCUCCUUCUUCACCGCGGCACAACUCUGUGAGGUCCUGCAAGCCAUGGCCACCUUCAGGAUGCGUGGGAAUCGCCAGGUUUCCGCCUUGCUGCUUGGUAUCAGCAACUCCUUGGCCAGGCAGUCGCUCAAACUGAGCUCCAAAGACUGUGCUACCGCUGCAAACGCAUAUGCGGCUUGUAGGGUUCAUGACGAGCAAAUUUUGGAAGCACUGUCAGGGCGGCUGCGCGACAAAGAGGUGCGUGGGGCCUUGACCCCACAGCAGCUUUCUCAAGUUCUCUACGGAUUUGCCAAGUUUACAAGCCAGGACAUUGCUUUGCUGGACUUGCUUUCAAUUGAAGUGCGACGGCACCUCCACACUCUCGACGCAUCGUUGAUGAGUUCAAUGCUGGCAUCUUUGGCAAAGGCUGGUGUAAGCUGCGCUGUCCUUUCUGGGCGCGCGACUCAAAUGGUUCGCCGCACUGUGACAGAAACCAGCGAGACAGCAGCUCCAGCAUGUGACCUCGGCGCCGCCACAUUUGCAGAGCUACGGGCUUUGACAAUGGCCUUUGCAAAGCUUCAGGUUACGGACAGGCGCUUGUACGAAAGGCUGGCAGAGUCUUUUGUCCAGUGCAAGGAUGACAAUCAGCAGGCAGUUGAUGUUCAACCGUGUGAGAGCCUGGUCAACGUGGUGCACGCUUUUUCAAAAGUGCACAUAUCCCCUAUGAAGCUCUUUGGUAUGGUUAUGGGCGCGUUGAUGUCACAAUCAGAGGAGAUGAGCAGCCGCGAAGCUGUGAAGCUGCUUCAUGCCUUGGCAAAGGUGGACUAUACCAUCAUGCCAUCAACAAAAGAGCGCAUUCUCCUCGCCUUGCGGCCGGAAAGGUUGCAAGACCUGGGAAUCUUUGAGCUCUUAAAGCUCUCUGUUGCCUCCAAGAAGCUGGGAUUGGACUUGCCAAUGCUGGAGUCGCAGGUUGGUUCUGUUUUGCCAAAUGAGCCGAUGCUUGCCAAAGAGACUCCACAGCGCCGUCCUGUCGCCCAGAAGACCCGGCGAAAGAGUGCUCGCAAGCAGAAGUGGACGUGGUAA